GACAAUAGCAACAUUAUAAAAUUUCUGUAUUUGACUUUGGUCUGUCAACUUCUGUAUUAUAUUUAUUUUUUUGUAAUACAAUUUUUAUUUCUCUUGUUCUUAUUAUAAUAUUAGUAAUUAUAAAUAAAAAAUGAGCGGAAGUGAAGAUAGCGAUGACAAUUUUAUGCCCGAACAAAGUGUUGACGAUGAAAGAACAUCUAUCAGAGCUGAAUUAUCCUCGCUUUCUUUCGAAGAGCUGCAGAAGUUGAAAGAAAAAAUUGGCGCUAAAGUGUACAAGGAAGCAUUGUUUGGUAAAAAUGACAAAAAGAAACCAGACGGACCUAGGAUAUUCAAGAGAGAGAAUAAAAAUAGACCAAGGGAGAUGAGUUCAAAAAAACCUGUGCCUAUGUUCGAUGUACCUAAAAUCAAGAAGAGAGAAGUUCGUGACCCACGAUUUGACCCCCUCUGUGGUGAGUUUGACAAAAAACAAUUCUCACAAAACUACAAUUUCUUAUCUGACAUACGAAUGAAGGAUAUCAAGAAAAUAAGAGCAGAGCUUAAACAAACAACAGAUCCGGAGCAAGAGAAGAAAUUACGUAGGCUGCUACAGAGAUUAAAUGACCAGCAUAAAGCUAGCAAGAAGAAGAAGGAAGAGGAUGCGUCAGCUAAGAGAGAGAAAACUCAUGUUGUGCAAGAGUUUAAGGAUGGAAGACAACCUCACUUUAAGAAUAAGUCUGAAAGGCGAGUUGAAGCAUUAGUCCAGCAAUAUGAAGAUCUAAAGAAGGAGGGCACUGGAAGGAUCCAGCGGCAUCUCAAACGCAGACAACAAAAGCUAAAGAAACGUUCACAUAAAGCGCCCACUGGUGUUAGUUGACUGCAAUAAAUGUUGAUUUAUAAGUA